GACUGAUGAGUAUUUCAUCGAAAGCAAAAACAAGAAAGUAAUGAUCUGCUUUGAUGACUCAACUUAAUGAGAUUUAAACCAAUCUUUUACAUUAAACAUAAUUUGGAUGUUAUGACUCGUUAAUUAUUUAAUACUCAGUAGCUUCAAAAUGGUUGGAAAAAUUGAACUAAACGAAUGUCUUCGAGAUUCUCCAAAAUUCAGGAGUUUAUUGGAGGAAGAGGAAGUAAGUGUAGAUCAAUUGGAAAAUAAGUUGGAAAAAAUUUUAAAAGUAUGUGGUUCUAUGGUGGAUUCUGGAAAAACAUAUGUCGGCCAACAAAGCUUGUUUGCCAAUAGUUUGUGGGACCUGAGUACCCAUUUCAAAGAAGAUCCUAUGGUAUUAUCGUCGUUAAACAAACUGAUUCAUAGCCUUCAAGAAAUGAACAAGUUUCAUACUAUAUUAUUAGAUCAAGCGUCCAGAACGAUUUUGAAAAAUCUUACAUCUUUUAUUAAAAACGACAUAAAGCAGGUAAAAGAUUAUAAACAGCAUUUCGAGAAAAUAUCUACAGAAUAUGACAACGUUCUAUUAAGAAAUUCACAUACGCCACGUAGUAAACCACAAGAAGUCGAAGAAAUUCAAAACGUACUAGUGGCAGUUAGGUCUUGCUUUGGUCAUCAAACUUUAGACUAUGUUAAUAGUAUCAGUGUAUUGCAAUCGAAAAAAAGGCACGAGAUAUUAAGCACAUUAUUGUCCUAUAUGCACGCCUGUACGACAUAUUACCAUCAAGGUUCUGAUUUAUGUGCAGAUUUGGAGCCAUUUUUUAAAACUUUAGCAGACGAGAUAGGUACAAUGAGAAGUGAAACUUACAAGAUACAAAAAGAACUGGAAAAUACCCAUUCGAUAGUAUCUAAUGUUGAACCUUUUUUAUUAACCAAUGAAAAAAAUCAUCCAUCUAUGGAAGGAUAUUUAUUUAAAAGGACCUCGAAUGCUUUUAAAACGUGGAACAGGCGAUGGUUUUAUCUGUAUGAUAAUAAAUUAGUAUAUAGGAAAAGGUCAGGAGAAGAACAGGAAACAGUAAUGGAAGAUGAUUUAAGAUUGUGUACCGUAAAACCAGUAGUCGAUGGUGAACGAAGAUUUUGCUUCGAAGUAUUGUCACCACUUAAAAGCCACAUGUUGCAAGCUGAUACUAAAGAAAUGUACGAUUGUUGGAUAACAGCUUUGCAGAAAGGAAUCGGUGCAGCCAUCCAAAGAGUUCAAAGUAUGGAUUUCGAUAGAUUGAAAACUGGUGAUGAUAACAUCUUACCAUAUACUAACAAUAUUUCUGGUAAAUACCAAAGACAAGGUGAUAAUAACAAUCGUACUAAAAAAAGGAUGUGGGAGCAACUAUUGAAAAUACCUGGAAAUAAUGUUUGCUGUGAUUGCAGAAGUCCAAACCCACGAUGGGCUAGUAUCAAUUUAGGAAUAACUUUAUGUAUCGAAUGUUCUGGUAUCCAUAGAGGUCUAGGAGUACACUACAGUAAAGUUAGAUCAUUAACUUUGGAUGAUUGGGAACCAGAAGUUAUUAAAGUAAUGGUAGAAUUAGGAAAUUUGGCGGUAAAUAAAAUAUACGAAGCUAACGUACCCGAUAAUACGAACAGACCUACUGAACAAUGUCCGGGAGCCGUACGAGAAACUUUCAUAAAAGCCAAAUACGUGGAUAAACUAUUCGUGAAAUCGUUACCUACUUUCAAUAAAACGUCUCCUUCUUCGACCAGAAGCUCUCCGUCGAAUAGAAAUUCGCGUCCCCCGAGCCUUAUGGAAGUUAGAAAAUGGAGCGUUCGUAAAUUACGUCGAAGACCUCGAAGUUGUGAUAAAAAAGACAAGAACGGUUUGAAAUCGAUGAAGGUUUCUAAGAAAAUUGACAAAAUUACAGAAACUGGUGAGACGUGUAGUAGCAAAGAUGAAUAUAUGAAUAAUGAAUCUUCUAAAAGAAAUAGUUUAAAAAGUAGAAGUAGCGUGUUACUUUUUGGUAACGAUUUAGAUAAGCAGCCAAUGGAAGAAGCCAUUGAUUUAAGUAGUGACCAGGAAUCUACUGGAGGAGAAGAGGAAAAUGAGACUGUUGGAGAAGAAGAUAUUUCUAAACUACAACCAGAUUUAUUAUUGUACAAAGCGGCCGCGGCCCAUAACUUGCCAGUGAUGUGUGAAGCUUUAGCCUUAGGUGCCGACAAAUCUUGGAUAAAUCCGGAUGACAGGGGUAGAAAUCCCCUUCACGCAGCAGUAUUUAGUGGAUCUGUGAUGCCUUGUGCCUAUUUAAUUCUCAACGGUGCGAAAAUCAAUGCUCAAGAUCAAGACGGAAAAACUCCUCUUCAUAUAGCCACUCAAGAAGGUCAUACGGCGCAGGUGUGUUUAUUUUUGAAACACCGAGCCAAUCAACAUUUAAAAGAUGACGAAGGUAAAGUCCCGCUCUCUAUAGCCGAACAAAAGGAAAACGCUGAUAUUGUAACUUUGCUACGGUUAGGUAGAUUAAAUGAAGAAAUGAAAGAUUCCGAAUUGGGAGUAACGGGCGACGAUACAUUCAACGAUGUAGUCCGCGAUUUCUCACGAUUAGCGUAUUCUCAUCCAGAAAAAUUGCUGAGACCAAAAAUCGAAGAAGACAACAACGGUUAAUCUGUUUCAAGUUUUUUUAACUUAUUAUAUUAAUAAAUUAUAUUAACGCUAGUUGUUAGUUUGUAGAAGAUGCGGACCUCCAAGGGUUUCCUAGUAUGACGAAGACCAAUUUUUUACAUCAUGUUUGAAGGUACUGUUCCAGGUAGUCCAGGUAUUUUUGGUCGUUUCUCCCCCAUCUGCCCGUACAGUCUUUCUUCUUUGUUUUUUUCCUCUAAUUUUACUUUUACAUCACCAAAUCUUAUUAUGCUGCCAAUGUUUUUUUCAAGAAACAGUGGAGAUAAUGAGAACCAGUUUUAUGUAAUCGUAGUGUGUUUGGUCGUUUCUUGUUCCUCUUCUGUUCUACUGGUUUUUUUUCAUAUUUUCUUCUAAUUCCUUUAUUAUUUCUCCAAUUUUUCAAAUGCCUCGAAUUUUAUUUCCUAGGAAUUACAGUGAUGAAGAUUAGUUGUUAAAGUAUGUUUUAGGUGAUAGAGAUAGGUGUGUUGGUUUUUAUCUUCCUAUCAAUUUUCUGCCCUCUUUUCCUGUCCCUUUCCAUAUAUUUUUUUUAAUUUCAUUAUAAACUCGCCAGUUUUUGACAUAAUUUCAACUAUUAUCUAAAAACAUUUGGAAGGAUUAAGAACAAUUUUCAUACUGUGUUCUAAAUGAUAGAAGUGGGUGUGACGGGCCCUUUUGGUUCCUCUUCUACCCACAAAGUCUCUCCAGCUCUUACUGUUGCUCCUUUUUCAUAUUUUCUUUUAAUUUUCUUACAAAAUUCCCAACUUUUGACAUACUUUUAAUUUCAUUUACUGGGAAUACUUGUGAUGAUAAAUAUAAGCUUUUGAAUCAUGUUUUAGGUUAUAUAACUAGGUGUGUUGAGUCCUUUUUGCUCCUUUCCUGUCCACAAUGUCUCUUCGCUCUUUACUGAUUUUGCUUUUUCAUAUCUUCUUCUAAUUUUCUUAUGAAAUCAUCAAUUUUUCACAUACUUCUAAUUGUAUUUCCUACAAAGACUUGAGAUUAUGGAGAACAGGUUGAGUCUUUUUUGUUCUGCUUCCAAAAGGUCUCUCUGCUGUUUUUUCCUGUUCCUUUUUCAUAUAUUUUCCUAAAACCGCUAAUUUUUGACAUAAUUUCAACUUUAAUCUCUAAGAACAGUUGGAAAGAUGAAGAACAAUAUUCAUACUGUGUUCCCAGUGAUAGAGGUGGGAGUGUUGAGUCUUUUUGGUUCCUCUUCUGCCCACAAAGUCUCUCCCGCUCUUAUUGCUGUUCCUUUUUCAUAUUUUCCCCUGAUUUUCUUAUAAAAUCCAAAUCUAUUUUUGACAUUCGUUCAUCUUUUUUCCAGUUGAAAAGAUGAACAGUUUUCAUAAUAUGUUCUAAGAGAUAGAAGCAGGUUUGUUUUUAUUCUUCUACUGUCCACAAUGUCUCUCCAUUCUCUACUCCUGUUUCUUUUUUGUAUCUUAUUCUAAUUUUGAUUUUAUAUCACCAAUUUCUGUUAUGCUUUCAAUUUUAUUCCAUAGAAAAAGUUUAUGUGACUGAGACUAGUUUUGAUAUUGUGCCAUCGUCGUUUUUUUCUAUCUACAAUAACAUGAUCCCUUCUCUUUGCUCUGGCCCAUCAUGUGGGGUCCAGAAUGUUCAUUAUGUGCAGAUAAACAAAAAGUCAUAGCUUUUCUAAUAAUUCUAUGCCAUUUCCAUAGAUAUCUUUAGUUUAGACUCCUAAUUCAUCGAUGACUUUCUUCAAUAAUCCCUAGUCAAUGGUGGUCAGUUCUGGAGAAUAUGGUGGGCGUGUAACUGAUUCAAAGUUCAAUUAUCAUCAGUUUUAUCGACUUGUUUUUUCUUCUGCAGAUGCCACAGUUUCUUGUCUUUUAGGGGAAUAAAUAUUAUGUCAAAACGUUUACUCAUUCCUUUCCAUAAGUUGAGAAUAGAUCUUGUUUUUUCUACGAUGGUUUUUUAAGAACAGUUGGGAUGAUUUAGACCAUUUUUCAUUGGUGGUCGUCCAAGAAGUCAAGUCCCAUUUCCACUGUCUUUUUUUGUUUCCAGCAUGUUUUACUCUCCAAAAUGUUCAAUGCAUAUAAAAAAAUAAUUAGACGUUAAAGUUUGGUGGCUCCUUACUGCGUUUUGUGAAUCAAAGUAUGUCAAUUCUGAGGAAUUGAAUUUUGUAAUGAUGUGAUUCCAGAUUUUUGUCCAAAAAAGCACUAGCCAUUUUGAAGGUUUCAAUUUAGAAAAAUUUCUCUGAAAUAUAUUUAUAAUGUGAGGUUUUAAAAAAUUGAAUUUCAUUUUUUCUGAAAAGAUCCUUUUUGGUUAAAAAAAGGUUUUGAAAAAUUAUUAUUUCAAAAUAUGUAUCGAAAUCAAAAAAUAAAAAUCCUUUUGUUUUUAAAAAAAAAAACCUAUUUUCAAAGUAGAAUAAAAAAACUUUAUAUCUUGAAACCUUCAUUUUUUUCCUCUUUCACGUUUUUUGUACUACAUUUUUUGAAAAAAAUUUUUCUUUUUUGACUUUUAUAUGCAUUUGUUCUUAUUUUGUUGAAGGUAACUUGGUUGUCACAAAGAACCUUCACAUAAAUGAAAACUCUCGUUACAUUUUGAAUAAUUGUUUUCCUAAAAAAUUCUAAAACAGUAACUUUCUAACCAUCUGUUCAAGCUAUUAAAAAAAUUGAUACUUGUAACAAAUUUUUUCGAAAUUAAUCAGAACAACAUUGUCCAAUGUCAAUAAAAGUGCCUUUCUUUUGUAAACAUAAUCUGGAUAUAAAUACUUCAAACAUUGAAAGCAUAUAACACGAUUUUCUAAACAAAGGAUUUGAACUAAAGGCGGCUACUUCUUUCGAAUAUGCCUCUAGAGACGUUGUUGUAGAGUGAGGUCUCUAAAAGGUUAUGUCAGUGGUAACUUUAUUGUAUAAUCACCAGUUCUUCGUGAUGAUUUAUCUUGAUUUUAGGUCGUUUUGCUAUUAAAAUCAGUUUAAAAUAACAGGUAAAGGUAUUUAUCAUCAUGAAAUCAUCACGAAAAACUUAUAAAAUGAUCUAAGAAAUAAAAAUUUGAAGAAAAUAACCAAUUUUUCACUAACUACUGGUUUGAUACAUGUUUGUCUUGUGUCUGAUAAAAAGGAACUGUCUUCUUAGGUUACCAGGAUUCUAUUUAUAUUUAAAUUGUUCUUCACACUUCAAGGAUACCUUCCACUUAACACCCGAUGUACUAAAACUCCCAUGCCAUUAACAGUAAAAUGAAAAAGGCGUUUACUGGGGGCUUACAAUAAGGCGGUAUGGUAAAAACCAAUGUUUCACAUGGACUGGAGUAACAUUUAAUUCGAUAUAGAUUCCCAUGAAUUUAUGGUUGAGUUUCACUCUCAGUCUCAUGUGGAACACCAAAAACUGUAUUGAAACUGUUGUGGGUGUUAAAUGGAACGUACCAGAGACCCCACUCACCGUGUAACCAACUAGUGAGCAUUAAAAUUGUAGCCUUCAUCAGAUGACAUUACAUUGUUGCUAAAUUUAUUACACUGUUUACAUUCAUAUAUUUAUUUGUAAAAUUUAGAUAUUUUUUUUUAAUUUUUUUAAACGUGUAUUUGAAAACCUUAA